GGCGCUUCCUGAGGGGCGUGGAGGGACUGGCGGAUCCAGGAUCCCCCAAACUUGGGAACUUAGGGUUACCAGGGAGAGAGCGGAGGAGUAUCCGAGGAGCCCUAAACGCGAGGAUUCUUGAUGAAAAGCACUGUGAAGAAUGGUCUCUGCGGACCUGGAAGGGCUGAAACCCCAAUGACUCGAGAAGAGAAGGCCGAGGACGUUAAAGCAGACAUGAGUCAAGAACGAGUUACUCCUGGGCCGUGGACCAUUCACCGAGAUGGAGAAGUCCUUAUGAGGCUUUCAAAACACAGGCCAGGCCAUGAGACCCCCAUGACCACCCCUGAAUUUUUUCGGGAGUCAGUCAACCGAUUUGGGACUUAUCCAGCCCUCGCAUCAAAGAAGAAUGGAAAGUGGGAAGUUCUGAAUUACAACCAGUAUUACGAGGCUUGUCGGAAAGCUGCAAGAGCCUUACUCAAGUGGGAUGAUUUCAUGGAGCUUGGCAAUAGCAUCCCCGAGUCCCAGCUGGACCAGAUCAUAAAGAGCCAGAAGGCCAAUCAGUGUGCUGUGAUCAUCUACACUUCUGGGACCGUAGGCUAUCCCAAGGGGGUGAUGCUUAGCCAUGACAAUAUCACGUGGACGGCGGGGUCGGUGGCGAGGGACUUCCGUCUGGCUCAUGCUCCUGAGAAGCAGGAGAUGGUGGUCAGCUACCUUCCUCUCAGCCACAUCGCAGCUCAGAUGAUGGAUAUCUGGAUACCCAUGAAGGCUGGGGCUCUCAUCGACUUGGCUCAACCAGAUGCACUCAGGGGCACUUUGGUCAACACUCUGCAGGAGGGAAAGCCUACCGCCUUCCUGGGGGUGCCCCGAAUUUGAGGAAAGAUGCAUGAGAAGAUAAAGGAAACUGCUGGCAAAUCUUCAAGCCUGAGGAGAAAGGUGUUUUCAUGGGCAAGAAAUAUCGGCCUCAAGGUCAACUCAAAAAGGAUGCGAGGGGGACACGACACUCCCAUGAGCUACCGCAUGGCAAAGGCCCUCGUGUUCACCAAAAUCAAGAAUUCCCCUGGCCUGGAUCGCUGCCGCGUUUUUGUCAGCGGGGCCGCACCCCUCAACCAAGAGACUGCUGAGUUCUUUCUAAGUCUGGACAUACCUACAGGUGAGGCGUACGGUAUGAGUGAAAGCUCAGGACCCCAUUCCACGUCCAGCCCAGAGAACAACUACAGGAUUCUAAGUUCCGGCAAAGUCGUGACUGGGUGUAAGAACAUGCUGUACCAGCAGACCCAGGACAGCGUUGGGGACAUCUGCCUCUGGGGCCGGCACGUCUUCAUGGGCUACCUGGAGGGGGAGGACGCGACCGUGGAGGCCAUCGAUGAGGAGGGCUGGCUCCACUCUGGGGACCUCGGCCGCAUGGACAACCAGGGCUUCCUCUCUAUCGCGGGCCGCAGCAAAGAAAUUAUCAUCACUGCUGGCGGCGAGAAUGUGGCCCCCAUUCCCAUCGAGAACCUGGUUAAGGAGAAGAUUCCCAUCAUCAGUAACGCCACGUUAGUGGGAGAUAAGGCCAAGUUUCUGGGUGUCCUCCUGACGCUGAAGUGUGAGGUCGACAAGAUGACCGGAGAGCCGCUGGACAGAUUGAGCUGGGAGGCCAUCAGGUUCUGCCGGGAUGCAGGCAGCCAGGCGUCCACCGUGCCCGAGAUCUUGGAGCUGCGAGACCCCCCGGUCUACACGGCCAUCCAGAAAGGCAUAAAUGCCGUGAAUCGGUGUGCCAUCUCCAACGCGCAGAAGAUUCAGAAGUGGGUCAUCCUGGAGAAGGGCUUUUCCAUCGGCGGCGGGGAGCUAGGUCCAAAGACAAAGAUUAAAAGACAUUUCAUAAUCCAGAAAUACAAAAAGCAAAUCGACAACUUCUAUCAGUGACAUCAUUGGCAGAGCUGCUCCCGGCUGCCCCGAUGGCGAGACCGGCUUCUCUGGGCUGUGCCACCCAUGAGUCCAACACAGCUGGUCUCCCCCGAGCGGCAGCCUCCAAGAGGAAGACCCCAUUGCAACGUGAUUUGCUGCUCUGGGCAGGGACUUGACCCUCUCGUGUUUUUAACAAGUCAGAUCCCCUACGGGUCAGUCUCUUUGUCAUGCACCCGCUGAAGAGGUAGCCCCUCUCAGACCUGCCAUGCCUCCUGAAGCGACGGGGCCAUCACAGACCUCUGAAUUCCCAUGAACCUUCAGGGCGUGAUCCUGGGAAAGCUGAUGGGGACGUCUCUGAAGAACUGCCUGUUUAAAAGAAAGAUCUGACCUUGUGGGUUCCAACUGGCUUUUUUUCCUCUUCAGAGGGUUGACUUGAGACAUCAGAGAAGAAACGCUUUCACACGUUUGAAGAAGAACUGGGCCCCCGAACCUACUUGCCUUCCUGGGAGCAACUUGAAAACCCUUCCACCAAGUUCUGACAAUAAAGCACUUCAG